AGGUUGCGUAGCUGCGCGUGGGCUGCACUAAAUCGUCACCAGAUGUACAUGACGCAACUCCAGUGCGAGUCAACAGCUAGUCUGGCAAACGACGGCCCUUUUCUGCCCCGCAGACCCGUCCCGCGUAGGGCUGUGCAGGUCUUCGCCACCCUUCAUCUAAAGCGGCUUGCUGGGGUGAAAUGCGCACGUUUCUGUCUGCAGCUGGGUGUUUUUGCCGUACCCGCUGUGGCAACUCCCUCAUGGACGCCGGUGUGACCCCGAGGCGGCACAACCCGGUGGACAGCAUCUGUCGCAAGCUGCGUACCAUCCGGCGGCGCGACCAGGAGGCUGAUUCUCCCUUCCCCAUCCCCAAGCUCCAGUCCAGCAGCUACGGCAGCCCUCACGCCAGCCUGAGGCACAACUUGGAGGCCGUCCUGAGGAAACGCGGCAUCCAGCCUGACGACGGCCCAGAGUGUGAGGGCUCAGCCGCUGUGCUGACCCCUGCCGGCUCUUCUGCCCCCCGGAGAGACUCCUGCCCCACUCCCACCCUGAGCACUCCUGGCACGCCCAUCAAUGCCACUUACACCGUCACCAGCACCCUGAGGGAGAAGGGCGAGGCGGUGCCCCUCUACAACCGUCCCUGGCAACGGACCUGCUCCACGCCCGCUGUACAGAGCAGGGACGUCUACUUUACCCCACGCUGCCCCACGCCCAUGGAGGUCGAACGGGAGGGGGGCAAGACCCUGUCGCACACCCUGCUGUCCUACAACCUGAACUUUGCCUCCUCGGAUACCUCCAGCAUCCUGGACACCGAACUGGCCUGUCCAGCCCUGGUGGUGAAGAGACUUUCGAUGGGAGAUGGUGCUGUGGGUCCAGCUGAAUCCAGGAGGGACGGCAUGGCAGAGGUGAGCCUGAUCUGUGAGGAGGACUUGCUGGACACCAUCUUUCAAGCUUGCGACACCCAAUGCAGGGGUAAAGUCUACGUGUCACACAUCGUGGACUAUUUGAGGCACACGACCAGCCGUAGCUCGGAGGACAGUGGACUGGAGGAGCUGUGCAACAUGCUGGACCCGGAGCACAAGGACAUCUCCAUUGAUCUGCACACCUACCAUGCCAUCAUGAAGGAGUGGAUCGAGGACUGUCGCAACCAGGGGACCAGCAGAAACGAGGACCUGACCCAGGAAUCCGUCAGACCCGCAGACGGGCUCGCAGCGAAGAGAUCCGUUCUGUUGAACAUGACCUCGGGCAGCCUGGAAGCUUUUGGCGGUGAGGUGUCCAGAGCUGACCUGGAGACGUCCGAUUUGGUGUUCUGUGUGGCUGACUUGCAGUUUAACAACCAGAAGCUUCAACAGGAAGUUGGGAAGUUGAAACAGGCAGUGGAAGUCAUGGAGGAGACCAACCAGAAACUCCUGGAGCAGAACGAGGAGCUGAAGGCCCAGACCAGAGCGGGGCAGCAGCUGCUACAGAAGGAGCGGAUGCUGAAAGAGGAAGUGGAGGAGAUGAAGAUGACUUUAAGCUCUUCAGAGGAGAGCCGAGCACGUGCUUCGGCUCAGAGCAAGCACAUGGAGCGAGAGAACCAGUCUCUUUUGGCAAAGAUCGCCUGUCUUGAGAAGGAGAACGUUAAAGUCUCUAUGGAGGUGGAUGAACUUCAGAAGAAGUUGAAGAAGGUUUGUGAUCUUCAUGCUGACCUGCAGGUUCAGACUCUCACGUUUGACGCCGUCAUUGCUGAAAAGGAUGCAGAGAUCCAGGAGAAAGCCAGACAAACUGAGGAGCUGAAGACUGCAGUAGAGGAGUACUCUUCAGUGUUGGAGUUGUUACGAGUGGAGAAGUCCAGGCUGGAGAGGCAGAUGCAACUCAUGCUGAUGCAGCCUGAAAUGACACUAAUAAACCAGACAGGAUCUGGAUCUCUGCAAGCAGAACUGGCCCUGGCACAGCAGUCUCCCUCUGAGGGUGUGGAGGGUUCCUCCCUCAGUCUGGCUUCCUCUUUGGACGAGACGCUGGAUCGUGAGGUUCUCCUCCUCCUCCGGGGCCCUGCACCCGAACAGACUGCUCUGGAGUUCAGAACUCUCCUCGCCAGUCUGACGCAAGAGUUUGAGGAAGACACUUGUGCAGUUCUCGCACAACUUCGUGGGCUUCUGAACCUCCAGGGACCUCAGGACGUUGAGCUAAAGCUCCAGGGGCUGCGGGGCCAGCUGGCAGAGAGGCGGGGCCGGUGGAUGUGCGCCGUGGGCCAGCUGCAGCAGUACACAGACUCGCUGGAGAGGGAGAUGACGAAGGUGACCAGCGACCUGCGCCGCUCUCGCACGGACAUGCUGCACCUGUCUGUCAGGGUGCAGGAGCAGGAGAAUAAGAAGCAACAGUUGCAGGAGGAGCUGGAUCAGAUGAAGACUGAACACAACAGCAGGGAAGCCAGGAGCCAAACACCAGCCCACUGUUGCCAGGGGCCUGCUGUGAUCAGUCAAGACAAAGAGGAGGAAGGUUCAAGAGACCCCGCCCCUGAGGAGGAGGAGGGGCUACGAGACUCGCCAUUAGACUCCAGUUUCUUGAUUUCGCAGCAGAGUCGGGCAACGCGUGAUUCUGGAGUCCAGACCGAGGUGCUUGGAGGCUUGACCCCUUUCAGGAAGUGCACAUCCGAACAAGUCCUGGACCUUGAAUCACCUGAAGGUCUGGUUGACUCUGAAGACCUCUCUGAUGACCCACCUCAGCAGGGUCCUGAACUCCAGCAAGAGGAAGGCAGACUCCCAGAAUGCACUAGGCCUGCUGACACCCACGGGCAGGCUGUCUGUUGCGAAGCGAGCGAGCCCGUUUCUCUCUCGCACUCCCACACUCGGGGCGCUGGUGAACUGCCUCAGAGUCUUGGGGGACUGUUGCCCAGUCCUCAGCCCCAAGGCCAGGGGCUCACUCCUCCCAAAACCUCCACACUAUCUCCCGCAAGCAUUCAGCCUGGGCCAGGUCAAUCCAUUACUCUUCCUGCCAGCACCCCCCAGGAGACUGGAGUCAUGGAGAGAGGACCUGAAGGAGGAAAGGUUGACAUGCCCAUCUUGAGUUAUCUGCAGAAACUGACCCAGGAUCAGCUUCCGGACGUGCCUACAGUACUGGACAGAAGCUGUCUACUGCCUGUUGUGGAGGAAGACGAGCCCGUGACAGAGGGCGGUCAGCAGGUAGCCUUAGCUGAAGGCGACGCAGCAGGCAUGACCAAGAUGGGCGGACAGGGGACAGUCACUGGGCCAAACUCUGACUACCUACACACCGCCGGGGGGUCUGGGGAACUGACCCCAGAACCCUCUCUGGUAGCCCCGCCUCCUCCAGGCACCAGGAAGGACUCUCCAACACUCCGGAGCAGGUUCCGAAGAGACCUGGAGAUUUCCAGCAGUAUGGAGGCCAUAGCAGAACAAAAAGCCCUGGAAGAGAGCAAGGCUUCGGAGGGCCCUAAGAAUGCGGAUGACACAUCUGUUAUUUCUGAAGACAGCAGAGAUGCUGCUAUGGACGCUGGCAACAGUCUGUCUUCCAGUGACCGAGAGAUCGAGGCGGAGUUCCACCGCCUGUCCCUCAGCUGCAAGUGUGACAUGUUCACCCUGGAGAAGAGGCUUCGUCUAGAGGAGCGCUCCCGCGACCUGGCCGAGGAGAAUGUUUGCCGUGAGGUGUCCAGCUGCCAGGGCCUCCUUCAGGCUUUGAUCCCCCGGUGCGAGGAUGAUAAUCAGGCUAUGGAGAUCAUCCAGCGAUUGCAGAAGAACCUGGAGAUCCUCGUCCAGUCCAUGACCAGAGUAUCGAGCCGCUCGGAAAUGCUGGGAGCGAUUCAUCAGGAGAGUCGUAUGGGGAAAGCGGUGGAGGUGAUGAUUCAUCACGUGGAGAACCUGAGGAGGACGUACACAAAAGAGCACACAGAGCUCCUGGAGCUCAGAGAGAGCCUCGUACAGAAUGAACGGUCCUUCGGCACGGAAAGGGAUGAUUUCAGGAACAAAAAGCAGCCAAGCUUCAACAAGCCAGCCGCCCGUAGAGUCAGCAUCGCAGCGAUCCCGCGGGGCAUCGGAAGACUGCCCCUCGACAUGGCUAAGGAAGGCACCGAGACGGAUGCGGAGAGGCUGGCCCGCAGGUCGCCUUGGAACAUCGUUGGGAGGAGUUCUCAGCGGGCCCCGCUGAAACGAUUCAUAAGCUCUGGGGGUUGGCAGGAGACAGACGGGCCAGCUCUCACCAACAGGUUCGGCUACGAGUCCGAUUCGCAUUCAGAGGAAGAGAUGAGAACGGAGGCGACGGAGAGGAGGUCUAGCCUAACGCAACUGGGCAUCAAAUUCACUUCGCUCAUUAUGCCAGCUAAGACUGUGAGCAGCGGUCCCGGUCCUGUAGCCGAGCAGGCCACCCCAUGCCAGGUCAAAGCCUCCAGGAGCCCCUGGCUCUGGGUCUGCGCUCUGAUGGUGGUCUCUGCUCUCCUCCUCCUGCUGGCCAGCCUGAUUUUGCAGCCGGCCGUGGACGCUGCUCCUGUGGGCACGGGAGACUCCUGGAUGACCAUCCAGCAGCUUCUGUGGCCCUACACAGGGCUCCAGCACAACGGACAGCCGCCCGUGUGAAAGGGUCUGCCCCUGCUUGGAACUGCCCGCUCCCCCUAGUGGACUGGAAGACUCCUGGAUGAAGCACUUUUUAACGCAGCUGACCUGUGUGGAGGACAGCUGCUUCCACAGAGAAAACUAGUUAAGCUAUUAUUCGACCACCCCAACCCAUUGACAGAUGUUGACUUCUUAAGAGGGUGCUUGCCAGUGAUGUGCCCAAAAACAGCUGCAUUAAGAAAAUAUUUACUGAACAUUUGCAAGUGCUUUUGGGGGUUUUUUUUAAUGAAGAAAAGUGCAGAUCUAACCAAAAAGGAAAUGGAUGUUUGCGUUGGGUUGUCUGCAAUGAAACCUCGUGCUCUGUUAAAUGUUUAUGGACACAGAAGGGCAAUCGUCAUUUUAAAAGGGGGUGUAACAAGGGAUGUAGAAUUUGAGUGAAUGUAUGCUUUUACUGACAGCUGGUGGAGUAAUUGUGAUUAUUAUUAUUAAUUAUUUUUUAAAGGUUUUGCACAUUUAAGUUUUAUUGCUUUAGAUGAAGUGUGAAAUAGAAGUGGUUUUGCUUUUAAUAAUCUUGUUUGUUUUUUUGUUUUUGUUUUUUUUUUAUUAGGGUCUUGUGUAGGUGUAUGUUCCAGAAGUGGGAAAACGUACACAAUAAAGUAACUGAUCCAGUUGUGAUCUGAGUUGUGAUCAAAACUUGCUGCAAAAAAUGGACAUAAUGUCUUAACUAACCAGUUCUAUCAAGAAUGUUUUCACUCCAAUAAAUUUUAUUUAAUCCCAAAAUGUAACACCAUUUGUCUUUUGAGUAAAUUGAGAUGCUUGUUGGCCACAUGCUCAUGCUGUUCUCCUCUCCCUCCUUAUACUUCUCAUUCUCUACAUUUCCUAGUUCAGUUUUGAUGUAUUUGGUGUUGUCUAUGGUUGCAAGAGAUCUACUGCUUUGCCUUGCAAUGUGCUGUUAAGUGCAAAAAAGCUGCACUUGAAUUUCUUUACAGUGACAUGAGGCCCUUAGUGAGGCACUUUACUGUUGUGAUAAGAACGUUGCAUUAAAGAUGGUCUAGCAAGUUGGCUUAAGUGUACAAUGUGUAAUGGAUUUGCUUAAUAUGAAUUGAGUUGUUACAAAGGACAAAUUCAAAACCUUGAAAGGCUUUUUAUUGAGGCAUGUCACCAUGUCUGCCUUGUGUAGUCGCCAACUCCAGUGGAAUGGUGACUACACAAGG